CUCACACCAAAAUGGUCGCCAAGAUCCCGACGGUGGUGCUCCUGGUGGCCUCCGUGGCUGCAGCCCUCACUGUUGCAGACGCGUAUCCCCUCGGCUCCGGCAGCCAUAUUACAGAGGUAGUCGGUGUGGACGUCGACACAGGUCGGCGCUUCAACAGUGGUCGAGACCAUGGCGUCGGCGGGGCUGUUGUGGCAAGCGCUGGAGGAGGCUUCGGCGGCCUUGCUCUGGGAACUGCCCGCGGAGGAGCUCUCGCUGUCGUCGGAACUGACCGCAAAGGAAGUGGUCUUAAAGUUGGUAUAGUAGGUGGCCAUAGAGGAACCGGUUUAAGCGGUAGUCAUGGAGGUGGAGCUGUAGCUGGUGCUUUUGGAGGUUCAACUGCUGGAGGUGGCUAUGGAGGUGGUUAUGGAGGUGGUUAUGGAGGCGGUUUUGGAGGUGGUUUUGGAAGUCAAUCUGCCGGAGGCGGUUUUGGAAGCAGUGGCAUCUGUCGCAAUAGGUGCUAGAGCCAGCCAUACAGAGAUGAUGGUGGUCCUAUAAUCUGCAUCGAGAUAUUCAUUGAGUAACGGGACAGGAUUCUCCUCUGGACAUGAAACUAUGAACAUUGCGUCAUGCAGCAGACAGUCUAGAAAUUUAUGAGUAAUUAUGUACAUUUGGCUGUUGAUAAUUACUGGAAAGUAUGUAUAUUUGGUUAUUGAUAAUUACUAUAAAUUAUGUACAUCUGGUUGUUGGUAAUUAGUGAAUAUUUAACAUAACCGUAGACAGCCUAGUGUUUCAUUAACGAAUAGGCUGCCAAUAGCAUCUGUCAAGCUGGGCCUUAAUGUCCUUGUCAAAAUUGUCCUAAAUUUGAUAUAUUAUGUGUCAUGUUGACAGGUGUUGAUUAGUUAGUGUGUCUUUGGUCAUACAUGUUAAGAUAGGUAAACUUUUGUUUACAUUUUGAAUGUCAUUGUUGAUUACCAUUUUAUAACAUACUCAUGCGAGAGUUUUGUAUUUGGACGCAUCCAUGAUAUCCAAGAUUCAGUACAUAACUGCUGCUAAUUACAUGUUCGAAAAUUCAGAAAUGGCAAAAAUAUUUCUACCAGAAAUAUAUAUUAAAUAUAUACAUUAGUUUAAAGUUAUUUGAUUGUAUGUCUUAGUAUUACAUUUUAAUAAAUUUGCAUCAUA